AUGUGCAGAAAGUUAAUUAAUAUCAACGCCUUCUGCCUCCUGCUAAAUCACACGAUGUCACAGUACUAUCAACCCUUAUACAGUGCUCAGCAAUUUCAAUACAGCCCCUACCAACACACACUAAGUGGUCGAGUUCAAUAUUCAAGCCAAUAUGAGAAUAAUAAGUGGAAUUUACAAGAAAGUAAUUUGGAAUACGGUGACGACACAGAGGAUUGCUCUUGUGAUGACUGUGAAAAUCUUAAGCCGUCGUGUCGAAGUGUGUGUACGAAUUGCUAUGCAUCCCCGCCUCCAAUUCUAGGGCCAAUGGCAUCUAGCUAUUUAUUUAUACCUUUUCCGUAUCCCUAUCAGAUAACCCCUAAAACACCUCUUAAUACAUCCCAAGCUUCUAUUACUGAAAAGUUAGAAGUCACACAAAGCCCUGCUAAAACAACUUCUACAAAACAAACAACUACAGUAGAAAAAAUAACAAAAUCUUCUAUCCCUAGCAGUUUAGCAACUGAACUUCCGAUUCGUACAACAGAAGUUAACAUUGAGACUACGGAAAUUUCUGUUCCUAGGUUUCUGGAAAUGAAAAAUAAAAGCCCAUAUAUGCCAACUUCACUUAGACGUACGAAACCUAAUUGGAUACCCAAGUACGGUGUAGUGCCAAUUUCUGACCAAUUCGCGGAGAAAUUAAUAUUCCAGAUGAGAAGUAUGAAAGUUCUGCAUCCGAGUAGAAACAAUUUGCGAAAUGUGGAUGAUAUUACGAUAUCCACUUGUCAAUACGCACCGAAUGCACCGUUUCAAUAUCCACGCACUCAAGCUUAUUACCAGCAUUACGACGACGAAGAAUAUACAAGGAAGAGAAAAGCAUACAUUGACUACGACAUCAGUGUUAGAAUAGAUCAAAAACCUAAGAGAUUAAAAUGUAAAUGUUCUUUCAAACACUGUAAGAAAAAUAAACGACAAAAAGAAUGUUGUUGUCCAUAUCAACAGGAUAAUCAACAUUACAAUGAUUAUUAUCCUCCGGACAACAAAAUGUCAAGUAUAGUUUAUCCUCAAUUUAGUACUAUAAAUCCUUAUCCUUUUUUCACUCUACCAAAGAAUGUAUUUCCCCCGGCCUUCAUUCCAUACCCAAAUUUCCCAUGGUAUACAACAACAUCAACAACAACAGCAAAUCCUACAAUAACGACAAUAACGCAAUCUCCAUCAACUGAAACUAAAGUGACAGAAACAAGUACAACAAGUACUAAUAAAGAUGAUAAAGAUAAAGACAAGGAUAAAGACGAAGAUACGAAUAAAGACAAGGAUAAAGACAAAGAUAAAGACAAAGAUACGGAUAAAGAUAAGGAUAAAGACAAAGAUACGGAUAAAGACACGGAUAAAGACAAAGAUACGGAUAAAGAUAAGGAUAAAGGCCAAGAUACGGAUAAAGAUAAGGACAAAGACAAAGAUACGGAUAAAGAUAAGGAUAAUGAUAAAGACAAAGAUAAUAAUGUUACUAGCACAACAAUACACAAAGAUAAAGAGACUAAGUCAACAAUUCCCUAUAAUGUUGAAUCUGUUAAGCCUACACGAUUAAUUUUAAAAGAUUUAUAUAAAAUUAAGCCAUGUCGCCAAAGGCAUUGUAUACGAAACGAUAAAAAAAUAGGUAGAUACUAUCAUAAAGACAUCAUUGUUAGACCUACAUUGGGUUAUCCUAAUAGGAGAAAAUUAGAAAAUUCGGACUAUAAUAUAAUAUCGAUACCAGAAAACGUAGUAAGUAGUUAU